AUGUCGGUAAUGCAGAUUGCUUGGACGGUUAUAAAGAGAGAAGUGGUUCCAACAAAACCUUUACAGCUGACCAACCUAACACCCAGUGAGUUCAACGAAUUUUUUGUGAACUCGGUCCAACAGACCCGUGACGCUAUUGGAAUCCCCCCUACCUCUGGCCUAGAACUACUGGGAAAACAUCCUCCACCUACUACUGCCCAGUUUGGUUUCAGGCCUCACCGCAGCACUACUGAUGCGGUUGACAAGUUAAUAAAGGCAGCUUUUCAGUCUUUUGAGGAUGGGGGCUUUGCUGGGGCCACUCUUUGUGACCUCAGCAAGGCCUUUGACAUGGUGGAUCAUGACACCCUCCUGGGAAAGUUAAAUUUCUAUGGGGUUAAGGGGAAACUUUUUGAACUGUUUGAGUCAUACCUGACUGGACUAUCCGAGAUUCUCUGUACAACCGAGGUAGUCUCAGUCCCACCAACCUCGGUUAACACGUUCACUGCUGAAAACCUUUACACAGGCGCUCCUAAACUGCGGCGAGGUCCGGGCGGAGCCCCGGCACGCUAA